AGCACACAGCCGGACCAUGCUCCCCAAGCGGGUUUAUGAUAAGGUAAAUGAAUAUGUUGACGAUAUGAUGGAUACCGAGACAAUUAUGAUUGUUUAUUUUUUAAGCUCGUUGGCACGGGCGCCUAUGUCUAUCCAUAUCUUCAUAUGAGAUUCUGAUAGUGAUAUGUAAAGAAUGCUACAAAAUUGUAUGAAGAUCUAAAUCUAUUCAUUGCCACCAAUAGAGCAAACAAGAUGACCUCAGGCGUCCUUCAGUAUAUAGUGCCUUGGAGGUUGCUUCUAUGGUUUUCGGUGCUCCAAGUUGUCGUUUCCGCAAAGAAGGAACUAGAUGCAUCGAAAAACGCGACUUUGAAUGGUACUAACGUCACAACGAAAACAUCCAGACCCGAUGAGUGCGUUGGCCAUCAAACGCAGUGGGAAGUCUGCGAGCAUCCCGAUGCGUGCCCUUCAUCCGAAGACAAGGGUGAAGACUGCGAACCAUGUAAAUGGCAAGAGUGGGGAGCAUGGUCAGCUUGUACUUGCGAUGGUCUGAAAGAGCGGAGGAGGGAUAUCGAAUCGGAAACCUAUUGCGGCGAACCUUGUUCCGGAGUAAAGGUGGAAACCGAAGUCUGCGAGAACCCGGUUUGUGACAAGCAUCAGGCCAGAAAGCACAGCAUCGAUUGCGACCUGUCGGAGUGGGGAGAGUGGACAACGUGUGACAGAAGCUGCGGAGGCGGGCAAACGUAUAGAGAAAAGGUAAGAUAAAGAUUGGAGGGUGCACUUCCUUUCUACCAAAGUUGAGGAUGCGACAGAGAGACGUUGUAGGCACUCUUUUGAUCUUUUUCCAUGCACUAACCAGUAUGCAGUUAUGAAAUAGUACUUGCCACUUCUUGGUUCUUUCCUCUUGCUCUAAAACUCGCACGCAUCCGAAAAAAUGAAUUUGGAGGCACACCAUGCAAGGGUUUCGUCCGACAGACUUUACCAUGCAAUUCGCAGCCGUGUCACGAAACCCAAGACUGCACUACGUCGCAAUGGUCAGAAUGGGGAGCUUGUAGUGUGUAUGAGAAGGAGUUUUAUUUUACAUGUAUUGAUGGCAAUGGCUUUUGCCGAAGGUGAAGCUGUAAUGAAGGAACGAACAAGAACAGCACAACUAGUACUAGACUCUAUGUACCAGUGGAUGUUGAUGUAUUCGAAAACUCAAAAUAACCGAGUUACUGACUGAAAUAAGGGAGGUAGCUUAACGCCAAGGCUACUCUUCCUUCUCAUCAGUAUCUCGGUUAUUCUGAUCAGUUACUUGCUUAUAUCAGUUUUUCUUUUUCGAAUAAUUACCCAUUGUCAUUCCCUGCAACUCCAUCUUCCUUCAUCUGCCCACCUGCGGUGCCGGGACGCAGCAGCGAAGUCGAGCGCUGGUGCAGUUGCCACGAAAUAAUGGAAGAACCUGUGAUUUGGCCUUAGACGAGGUCCGGGCUUGCCAUCUAGAACGCUGUAGAGAUGAGCAGGAUUGUACGUGGCAGGACUGGCAACCUUGGUCCGGUUGUACGGUCUCUUGUGGUGGUGGGUCGAGAACGAGACAGAGACUGAUUUAUGAGAUCAUGAGGAUAGUACGAAAGGUAAACUCAAAGUUGUCAAUGUGGUUUGUGCUAGACUUCAUGAAUGUUGUAUACAAAGCACUUGGUUGUACUUUUUAACGUACUUAUUAAUAAGUAAAGUGCUUCUAAGUAAAGUGUUACUACUCCUAGUUGUAGUACAGCUGAAAGUGAUCAGCGUGUAGGUGUACAAGGUCCUUCUCUACUCUGUAACCCCGCUUCAUCCCUCCGAGCACGCUCCAACACGAGGGGGAAUGUUGUGUAAGGCGCAGACGAUGAACGAGGUGGAGCCUUGCAAAAUCGAACCAUGCAGUAGUCCUUCAGACUGCAUAGUAUCCAAGUGGUCUGAUUGGACACCCUGUUCAGCAACGUGCAACGGCGUGACAUAUCGAGAUCGAGAAGUCAUCAGAGAUGCGACGUAUUGAAAUCGUUAUUUGUUGUCUUUCAAGUUAAUUCAAUUUGAAGUUUUGUCUCGCUGUAGCUUUAUCGGCAUGUGUCUGUGUGACUUUAUCCCUGAGCACGACAGAUUUAGAUAAUUGACACUUGUUUUUCUCAGCAGAGAAACAAACUACAACCUGAACAAGAACAUCAAAUUCAAAAAUCUCAGUCUCGGUGGUAGCUGUUUCUCGACUCCUUUGAAAGAAGUUGGGCCGUGCAACGUCCUAGAAUGUGAGGACGGGAAGCUUGCUGCUGGUGGAGAGGCCGCAACGCCUCGUGACUGUGAGCUAAGUGAGUGGGGAGAGUGGUCUUAUGGCGUUGUCAAGAUGAAGAGUAGACUUUUUACAUCUGGGGUGGUAUAUUUCAGACACAAUGCAUGUGAUUGGGCAGUGUUUAGUAACUAAACAGUACGUUGUAGUACUACAUAGGUCUUUCUAAUACCCUUCUUGUUCUGUGACCUGCGGACCUGGCGGCACUGUCCAGCGGGAGCGGAAAGUAGCUCAUUAUGCAGUCAACGGUGGAAAGGCAUGUGAUGGAGCACUUCGGGAAGUCCGCCAUUGUGGCGGUAUAGGCAACUCUGAGGCAGAAGAAGUACCACCAGUAGUAUGGCAAGGAAGAGCUUGUUUGUCAAAACUCCUGAAUGAGUAAGAGUAUGAAGAAUAGAUUUCAAGUUUAGUUGAAUAUGACGUUUAAUAAUAGCACCGUUUCUCCUCUACCUCUGUUCCAUUUCGUCUUUCCCCAAGCAGAUGAAUGCAUCGUCGUCAAUCCUCUACUUUAUGCCCACUCCCAAAAACCCUCUUACUCUUUCAUCCUUACGAUGUCCCAUCGAGCCUGAGGACAUUCCAGCUGAGCAGGUGGAUUGUUACUGGAGUGAGUGGUCCUACUGGAGUUAUUGUUCGAAAUCUUGCGGUUCCGGUAUUAAAAAGCGUACUAGAACUUUGGAAACACCACCAAACGUCCUAGGAAAGCCUUGCUCAAAUGGAACAUCGACAGAGGAAGUCGCCAGUUGCAAUACAAGAGGAUGCGAAUGUGGGGUACUGCUACUGCUUUAUAGAAUGAUUCACAUGAUCAUCAUCAUGAGUAUAACAAUAACAUGUGUGAAUUUGAUAAGUAAAAGUUUUUUUACAUUGGAAAACGAAUCUUCUAGGGUCGUAAGAUUGAUCAAGGAAAUCUGUAUUUCUGCUUCUCGUAGUUGUAGCUUCUUGAUUUCCGUCAACGAUAUCGAUUUCCACAACCUAUCAGGCCUGUGAAUUCUCCGAGUGGAGUGAGUGGUCAAAGUGCGACGGAAGGACACUGUUGAAGAGCAGAACUCGGCAUCUAGGAACAGACAACCUCUGUUCUCCAGAGGAGUGUGAAGGGCCAACAACAGAAACAACCACUUGCGAAGAGAAGGAGGUAUCUAAUGGUUGUACAACUUGUAGGUGGUAGGAUAACGAUAAUGUUCAUCUUACUUCAAUCUCAAUGACUCCGACUACGGGUGCCAACUAAUCCAUAACUGUUUAGUUCACCAGCUGUUCAAACAUUCUCCUUUUUUUGCAUGACAGCUACAGAAACGUGAUUGUUUUUUCAAUGACAUUCUUGACAUUGCGUAAAACAGCGUCUCAUCACUCAAACUCUUUCAGGCCCAAUCAGCCGCGGAACAACACUGGGUGGAUUCAUGCGGUCUAUCCGAUUGGAGCGAUUGGUCCAAGUGCUCGUCGACAUGCGGCAAUGGGUUACAGACUCGUAAGCGAGAGUAUAGGAGUUCAAGGACAGAUGGGCGUUGUUGGUUCGCACCCAAUCACAAACUCAUGGUAAUAGAGGACCAUGAACCUCUGCUGGAAACUAGGAGUUGUUAAGGCGAGUUUUCAUUUUGCAAACAUGUUAGCACACACGAAAAAAGAUGUGGCUAUAGUCCACCUGAUUCUUCAGCUACAACACAUAGCUCUUCGUCUAAUCCCCUAACGAAGAUAGUCCAUGUAUUGACCAGUGUCUUUUGUCAGACUGGUCUGUAUGGUCUGAAUGUUCGACUACGUGCGGAGCAGGACAAAAAUCACGCCAACGAUACGUCAUUCAAGAAGCGGUUAUGAGCAGGAGGGAUCAUUUGUUUUUUGUUCUAGUACUGGGACCGGAAUUUUCUACUAACAAAAUUUGAAUUAGUUUUCAACAACAAGAACACGCACCCUCAUCGAUCUACUAGACAAAAAAUAAUAUAUACAAGACACCCGCAACUCAGUGUCCGUCUUGAUUAACAAGCCUCCGACGCCCCUCGCUUCAUAUCCCGCAAAGGUCGCAGUUGCUUGAACGAUGCGGAGGUAGACCUUCUUGAGGUCGCGCCGUGCGAUAACGAGGUAGAGUGCGACGUCUCCAGAUGUUCAUGGACAGAAUGGGGAGACUGGUCACCCUGCUCAAAAUCCUGCAACGGGCAGCAAUCCAGGCAUAGAACAGUAGAUGCGGGAUCUGAACAUGCUCUGUUUAUGGCUGAGAAAGAUUGAGUCGGAGAAGAAGUUUCAAAUACGAACUCUAUGAGAAGAAGUACAUGAAUUCCUUAGAACAAGUAGAGCUGUCAGCUCAUGCUACAUUAGAUCGUGAUCCUUCCCCAUUUGUAUCCCGCCUCGUUCAGUCCCCGUCCCGCCAACCGCACCAGCGAAGUCCAAGGCUGCAACCAAGAUGCUUGCGCAGACGAAUUUGAGGUUAACCAAUGCAUAGACGCUCACUGGGGAGAAUGGACUUUGUUUGGUCCAUGUUCUGUUAAGGCUACUCACAAUGUAACUCAUUUGCUUCGUUGCACAGAUUUUUUUCGUUGGUUUCUUAUUCUUUCUUGGCCUCUAAAACUAAAUCUAAGUAGCCUCGGUUAUUCUGAUCAGUUACUUGCUUACUUCAGUUUACCGAAUAAGUAUGUCUAGGUAGAAGGUGAGCGAUUGUCAUGAGCUCUAAUCCUGCUUCCUGUGGAACUGGCUACCAACGUCGAACACGAACAGUUCUGAGGCCAGCGAAUUGGUGUGGGAAGGCUGCAGUAGGCAGAAAAGAAGACUUCGCGGCAUGUGAGACGGGGAGUUGUUACGAGGAUAGUGUUUUUUACAUUUACUUCGUUCUUCUGGUGUAAUACUUUGCUGUUUUUAACAUCGUUCUUCUGCGGUAUAAUACUUUGAUGUUACACGACCUGGUACAUUCUACUUCUACACGGACGAAGCUGGAUCACAGGAGGACUUAAUCCACCUUUUAGCCGACGAGAUCAUAGGAGGACGCAGCUCCACGACAUCUAAUCUUGCAAAGAGGCUAUAGACAAUCUAGCGAAGGAUUGUCAUUUCUCGGAGUGGUCAGACUUCAGCGAUUGCAGUACGAGUUGCAAUGGCUACCAGAGGCGGGUGAGAAGGUUAAGGCUCACAUAGGGUUGUUGUAACAAGUAAUCUAUCUUCUAUCAUCUCAUAAGAGAACACGUCGACGACGACGUAAUUUAAUGAUAUGAGUAAAUCAUCUUCUUCCCAACAUGAACUUGAACAUACCUUUCUAAGAAUAGUAUCUGAAACAGCGCGCCAUGGCGGAAAACUUUGCAGUGGAUCUUUGGUCGAAGCAAGGCAAUGCAAUACGGGUAUUAGAAUAUUCAGGAUAUGCUUUUAGUAAAAUUUGCUACUAACUUUGAGUUUGAUAUUGAUGAUGAGAUGAUGAGAUACAGAUUUUGAUCAGGGAACAAGAAGAGAUUUCACCUUCUCCCAUUCAAUAUUGUGUUCAAAAAAACUAAUACUGUCUGACCGUGCUCCUGCUCGUCAAACUCUCCUCAUCAGAUUGCCCGUCCUCCGGAACGCGCAACUGCGUGAUGGAAGAAUGGUCCUCAUGGGGCCAGUGUACCUCACAGUGUGGCGGCGGCACAAGAGUGCGGUCACGCAGUGUGAAGACACCACCCCACGGACCUGAGGGUGUUGCCUGUCCUCCAGAUCUCACGCAAGUCGAGAGUUGUAACAUGUUCUCUUGCGAUCAGAGUAAAGUUACGCAUAGGCUACUCCUACUGAAACAAAUUCCAACACCCCUUCACCGUGAUACUUGAUGCAACUUCAUCUUCACACCAAGCUAAAGCCUCGAUCUGAACAUCUGGGUUUUUAACUAGCCAAAUCAUCGGAAAUUCUGGCUUGGUCUUAGUUCAACGCAUGUCAUACCCCUAAUCCAAACGUAGACUGCAAACUAGGGGAUUGGUCUGCUUGGUCGACCUGUAGUGCUCAAUGUGGUGGAGGUGAGCGAACACGGCACCGAAUGAUUGAGGCAAUGCCUGGACAAUAUGGGAAAGCCUGUGCUGGAGAGAAGGACUCAUUAUGACAGAAGACUUUGAAAAUUCAUAAUGUAUUUAGUGUGCUCACUGUUCUUACGAGAAGCGAUCUACAUACUGCUGCCGUAGUGUUGCUACAUUCAUUGAGUGACGCUGGGGAUCAUGAGCAAAACGAAAUGUUCACGACUUAUCAACAUCCUCUAAUCACCGAGGACGUCAGCCUAAGUUUAUCGGAAGUAGAGCCCUGCAACACGGCUGAGUGUUAUACGGAGGACAGGUGUGGACUCUCAGAAUGGACCGAUUGGUCCGACUGUAGCGUCACAUGCGGAACGGGAGAACUUAUGGUGGGCAAUAAACAGUCUGAAGACAACAUCAGUGGAUUAUUGUCUAAUCGUGAUUAGACUUAGAGAGGGCGAUGAAAAUCAAAAUGAAAAUUGAAAUAACUAAAGCCUCACCCUAGGUUUGGGUUGAGUUAUGCGCAAAAGUUAGUAUGCUUCCACAGGACUUGCUCGUACCACUGCAAGAGCAUAUUAUGAGCGCUCCCCUCGAUAGCUAGAAUGAAUGAACUAGAACUACUCUCUUCCACCGGCCACCGCGACCUCAACCCCAUCUAAAAACCGGUAUCGGCGUAGGCACUUAGGCCAUUGGAAAGACGGAUUCCUCGGAUCAUUGCCUGAAGAGAAAUCUAGACUGCGAAGGAGAAGAAUGGAAGAAGAGGAUGAGGACGAUUCUUCUGGUGCACCAUUCGGCGCAAUAUUGCAGUUAAGACAUAAGUACUUUGAUAGCAUUGCAUCAUGAUCUUCACAAUCACUCGAGUUUGAGAUGGAGGAAUCUCGACAGCAUUCCAAACAUCUUAACGAAAAGUUGAAAAUACACAUAAGGAGUCAACAAGUGAACACAACAACUAUUAACGGUUGAUGCAAUGCACUGUAGUCAAUCUCUAACAUCAGAAAUACCAGAAUUACCAGUCGAACCCGAUGCAUUACCUUCCGAAGACGAGAGCCUGUUUUCACCCAAGCUGCUUUUAGACUCUCCUCUGGGCAUGGGCUGCAUCGCUGGUCUUUUUGCCUAUGCUCUUCUACUGGGCGUACCCCGCUUUUUGCGCGGUAGCAGAGCCGUUGCUCUGUAAAGCGCCUUCCUCUAGUCCUCGUUUCAGAAGAUCAAGACUCAAAUACAUAUACCACGUUCUACACCAUUAUUUUCCGGGACCCAAAGGCGAAGAUACACUCGUAACAAAGAUGAAGCCACGUUGUGCUCCUAUCUCAGGAAGCUCAAGUUUUUGUUGCAGCAAGAACUGCAAAAAAAGUAGAAGAAUAAGCAGAAUGACCUCGCGAGGAUGGAGGUGUUUUCCCACGUCC